AAAAAUCGCCACGCUACACGUGCCAACUUUUUCUGUCCCUCUUUUUAUUUCCAAAAUGUUGGGCGCAAAUGUCUGCUGUACUAGAGUUAUCAACACCCCUCUAAGGCUUUUUGCAGCCGAACACUAGAGGACAAUGAGGCGCGGUAUCAGCAAGCCAUGGCCGCUCUGAACAGUAACAUCCGCUGCGUCAGAAACAGCCUCAGCACCCGUGUACGCGCACUCAGCGGCAAAAUUAUGUGGCGCCCAGGCCUGCCGCCUCCUCACACACGCACGCCUGCUACGCAAGUCAUGCCGGCAACUACAGUGACCACGUCACCAGCCAAGCGAUCAAAAGAUGAGCUGACGUAUCCCUCGGCCCCCGUGCUGAAGUUUGCAAAACUGAGUGAUAAUGCCUACGCGCCCACUAGAGGGUCAACGCGGGCGGCGGGAUACGACCUAUACAGUGCAUACCAUUAUGUUAUUCCUGCUCUGGAGAAAAUGGUGGUGAAAACAGAUAUCCAGAUUAGUGUACCUCCAGGAUGCUAUGGAAGAGUUGCUCCACGUUCUGGAUUAGCUGCCAAGUAUUUCAUUGACGUUGGAGCUGGCGUCAUUGAUGAGGACUACAGAGGCAAUGUUGGUGUUGUGUUAUUUAAUUUUGGAAAAGAUGCUUUUGAAGUGAAAAAAGGUGAUAGAGUGGCACAGUUGAUAUGUGAGAGAAUACUAUACCCUGAACUUGAAGAGGUCAAAGCUUUAGAUGAUACAGAUCGUGGUGCUGGUGGAUUUGGCUCUACUGGUCAGAAUUAAAUUAUUUCUGUGCCCUUGGAGUUUGUUCUCUUAUGGAUCAUACACUGUUUAGCUUCUAGUUAAGGUGCUAUUUAAUAGAACUGGAAUUCAGUUACUGUUUAGUGGAGGCCUUAGUCUGUCUAUGUUUAUGGAAUGAAUUUUUGAAAAUCAUUAUUUUUUUUUUUUAAUGAUUUUGUAAAUGUUGCUGUAAAAUACCCAUUGACUAUGACUGAUAGAGUGGUUGUAAAGAUGUUAUAAUAUGUACUGAGUACUGCAUUAUAAGCUUGAAAUCUCAUUUACACAACUAAGAAGCAUUUUGCCAGAAAAAAAAAGAAUAAAACGCAUGAGAAAACAGCUUCUGAAUGCAUACAUUAUUUGGCUUAAGAUUAAAAAAUUUUAAAUUGA